AUGGAACUGUUGCACCUUUCAAGGAAUAUCUUAAUGACUUUAGCAUGUCUGUUUUCUCAAAUAGGUGCAGAAUGUAACUUUGAAACAAAAUGCCCAUGGCGGGCAUCACGCAUAAAAGGACGUGGAUUCUUCCCGACCAAUGGUGAUCGCAUCGAUCUAUCAUGUACAUACUGUCCAAGGGUUGAUCACUCUACUGCAUCAUCUAAAGGCAAUUACCUAAUGCUGGUUGACUCUGAGCUUCGGGCUACAUACACAAGUCCAUGGUAUGGGUCUAGUGGCCCCCAGUGCAAACUACAAUUCUACCUACAGAUGAAGGGAGUCACAGUCGGCACUCUCAGAGUGAGGCUUAUUACCCAUAAUUCCAACAUCAGUCGGGACAUCUGGGAAAAACUUGAUGAGCAACAUUCUACUGGCUGGGGUCUCAAUGAAAUUGCUCUUGGAGAGAUCAGUGAACCGUUCCGUCUGCAGUUUGUGGGAAUCAGGGGUAUAGGAGAGCAGGCCUUCAUGGCUUUGGACUCCAUCAGUUUACCUAACUGCGAUCCAGAUCUACCAAGUUCAAAUCACACAUGCAGCAUGGCAGAGUUUAGAUGCGGUGGCACCGGCAAAUGUAUAAACAGAGACAAGGUCUGUGAUCUUGAGCAACAGUGUUUAUAUGGAGGAGAUGAAAGUCCUGAAUUGUGUGGAGAUCUACCAGCAUCUGCCAGUUGUUCAUUUGAGGAUGGUAUGUGUGGAUGGAAGCACGUCACCGCAGACUCUGAUGAAAAAGAUCAAAGACAGUUCAACUGGACACGUCACCAAGGGAAGACACCAAGUGAAAAGACGGGACCAUCCUUUGAUCACACAUAUGGCAAUGAAACAGGUUACUAUAUGUACAUAGAGACAAGUGAUCAGAAGAUGGGGGCAAUUGCUCAGUUAGAGACCCCCAGGUUCCCUCCCCCACCAAAAGAAGCAACCCACCCAGACUCUUACUAUAGCAGAUCCUGUCAGGUUAGAUUCUACUAUCAUAUGUUUGGGAAACACACAGCAGCUUUAGAAGUUUUUGUACAUACAAAUUUGGACAAUACGGAAAGGAAAACCUACAGACAGAUCUUUAGGAAGUAUGGCAUCAACGAGGACCAUUGGUACAGGGCUACUGUUCCCAUACCAGCAAUGUCAAGCAGUUAUGUGCUAAGAUUUGUGGCAAAGAGAGGAAUGAGGUACACGGGGGAUAUCGCGAUUGAUGACAUGUCAUUAAGUCCUGAGUGCUUUGGCGAAGGUCUGUUGAAGAAUAAGACAGUUACUCGAUCAGAUCCUAUAGACCCCCAUACAACCCAACCGCGAAUGACACAAACAACUACACGUAGACUCACGACACAGGUGACCAGUCAACCCCCAGAUAUAUACAUCAACAACAAGAUGGUGCCAUACUCAGAGAGGAUAAGCUUCAAGAACAAUCCUGAAUAUCUGUUUAAAACAUGUGGCAUUGAGAAAGGACCCAAAGGACCCACUCAGUCUGAUUGUGACUCGUUCUACCAGCUCUCUCUUAAAUAUCCAAUCAAAGUGAAGGUAUCAACUCGUCCGAAAUUAGCUGGUAUUCAGAUCUGGACUGUUCCGGAAAAUGGAACGUAUGGUAUAACAGCACUCGGAGCACAUGGUGGAAAAGGAGUGAGGAAUCAGAAGAAAUCCGAGGGGGGAUACGCUACAGCUCAUUUCAAACUUAUCAAGGGGGAGCUACUGUACAUUCUUGUGGGACAGGCAGGAGAAUCCCCUUGCUCUGAGUCCCAGGAUAGAGAUAGCGACUUGUGCCGUACUAACUGGUCGGAUAUCGAGGAUGGCGAGAGGAUGUCAGAAAUUUACGGAGGAGGGGGAGGUGGUGGGGGUGCUUCCUACGUUUUCAAGAGGGACAGUGUCACCAAAAAACUCGUGCCGUUAAUCAUCGCUGCUGGUGCUGGUGGGAAGAGCUAUCGUAACAGCAAUGAUUCCAUAGAUGGCUGUACUCAUGGGGGAUAUCUUCCUUUGAACAGUGGAAAUAUGGGACAUGGUAACUGGUCGGAGGAAUCUAAAGCAGGACCAGGUGGUGGAUGGAAUAUAUCAUCACCAAACCUGUCAGCUGUGGCAGGCCACUCAUUGAUAAUGGGUGGUCUGGGAGGCAAGUCCUGUCCAGAGGCACAAAAACCUUUGAAGGCUGCUGGGGGCUUUGGGGGUGGGGGAGGAGCCUGCAGGAGUGGGGGAGGAGGUGGAGGAUUCUCAGGAGGUGCUGUUUCUUUUACUGAUGACUAUAUGGAGAAUGGGUGUGGGGGUGUGUCAUUCAUCAAUCCAAUAGGAACAAGGGCUUAUAGUGCACCAAAAAACAAUCGUGAACACGGGAUGGUUGCAGUUAUGAAUAUCUUCAUAGACUGUCCUUGCCAAUAUAUGUGUGAACAGACUGUUGAGGCACCUGGGUACAUUUGCAGUUGUCGCAAGAAGCAAAGAUUGGCUGAUGACGGCUUAAGCUGUAUUACACCUGUAGCUACCAAGAUAGACAAGGGAAUACCAUUAGGGGCCAUCAUUGCUGUCAUAUUAGCCAGUGUAGUGACCCUUAUGUUCAUAGCAACCAUCAUAAUAUGCUUUGUUCACAAGCGUAACCAGAAACGUUUAAAGGCUGUGAGGAUUGAAAUGUUAAGUGGCACCAACCCCGACACACAACUCACACGUCUCCGUAAUGAGACAGGCGGCAUCACAGAAUACAAUCCAAACUAUGAUUUCUGUGGCACAAAUUGUGGUGUUCAAGAUCUCCGAGAAAUAGCUAGGGAUAAAUUGACUUUAGUCAAGGCACUUGGUCAGGGGGCAUUUGGUGAAGUUUAUCAGGGCUACCUUUCUAGUGUGCCAAGAGAACCAGUAGAUCUGCCAGUCGCAGUGAAGACGCUUCCUGCUUUAUGUACCGAUCAGGCAGAAAUGGAUUUCCUGAUGGAGGCCUUAAUCAUGAGCAAGUUUAACCAUCCAAAUAUUGUUCGCUUGAUUGGAGUUUGUUUCGAGAAACAUCCACGCUUCAUUAUUCUGGAACUUCUAGAGGGCGGAGAUGUGAAAACAUUCCUCAGAGCUUCAAGGCCAAAACCUGAACUUCCCUCGCCAUUGAGUAUGCCAGAUCUCUUAAGACUCUCAGUUGACAUUGCUAAAGGCUGCAAAUAUCUCGAGGAAAACCACUUUAUCCACAGAGACAUCGCAGCGAGAAAUUGUCUACUCACAACAAAGGGCCCAAACAGAAUAGCUAAAAUCGCUGAUUUUGGAAUGGCUCGAGAUAUAUACAGGGCUGAUUACUACAGAAAAGGUGGUAAGGCUAUGCUCCCUGUAAAAUGGAUGCCCCCAGAGGCCUUCUUAGAUGGUGUAUUUACCUCAAAAACUGAUGUGUGGUCAUUUGGAAUCCUACUGUGGGAGGUUUUCUCAUUAGGAUAUAUGCCCUACCCCGGGCGCGGGAACCAAGAAGUCAUGGAGUUUGUGACUACAGGGGGAAGACUGGAGGCCCCCGAUAACUGUCCAGCUCCAGUGUUCCAGAUCAUGAACCAGUGCUGGUCAUCCUCUGCUGAACACAGACCGACAUUUGCUCAAAUAAUUGAAAAAAUUGGCUACUGUGCACAAGAUCCCGAUGUGAUAGACACAACACUCCCUAUCUUUAUUCGACCACCAUCUGUGGAGAAAGACGCAACAGUGAUGCGUCCAAGAGAGUGGGACCAUGUAUUGCAGGUCCACUCUCCCCAUCAGUCACCUGAAGAAGACCGUAAAGGAAACCUUUCCGACAGCCAGGAGUCUCUUGACAAACUUUUACCUGGUGAGCCACGAGUCACCAAAAAUACUGACACUGAAGAGUCAAGUCCAAAACGUUCAUCAUUAAUCCGUGUUUCUCCUGAAAAAAUUGUCAAUGAGCAUGAAGUAGAAACCCUUUUAGGCUGCAGUCAGCCUCAACAACAAGAGGUUACCACACCUAAAUCUGCAUUGAAUAUUGAAUCUCAAAAUGUUAACCCUGGAACAGGUUCUGAGGGUAGUGACAAUGUUUUCACCAGUUCGAUGAGUGAUUUGUCAUCUAGUAACAGUAGUCGCACGAGCAUGCCCCAAUCACCCCCAUCCCUUCCUAGUAUAGCUCGCAGUCGACCUAGCCCUAAACGACCAGUCAGCCAGGAGUUAAGUAUUCGCUCUUUGGACAGUGCAGUUCUUAGUCUCUCUAGCAAAGAUCUAAAUAAAGCAGAUAGAUCAAACUCUUCCUUGAACCUCAGCUCUCAUUCAAGCUGUAACUCGGUUGACAAAUCCACUCAGCCUUCAGAGCCUCAUUCUGAUGCACGUCAUAGAGGAAACAUUAUUUGGCCACAGGAUCCGAAUCGAAAAAACAAUGUGUUCAGUAAAGUUCCUGAUAAUAGGAAAGAGGAACGAGCUGAUUCUGGGGUUGUUCCUGAUAUGGGUGAUAUCUCUCCCAGACAGAUGAACUCGUGGUGUUAACCAAACAAUAAGAGUAGAUGUGUUAGACAGAGUGAAAGAUAAAUAAAACACUUGGGAAACACUGGAUCGAUAAUCCGAUAACUAUUAAAUUAGAACUAGAAAUAAAGAUCUGUAGAUUUCCAUUUGCAGUAUUUAACUCAAGAAUCUCAUUUUGAUGACAUACUAUUUAAACUUGGACCUGGUCUAUUUAGAUUUAGAAUAUCUCGGCAGGAUCUUAUAAUAUACUGUUCAAUUAUUGUUGAUUUCUCUGUCAAACGGACCAGGUCUCUAUGAGUGACUGAAAUCAACAUGUUUGUACCAAUUAUCAGGCCCAUAGCCAGCUUUU